AUGACGGUCACCCACACUGCGCUCAUCUCCAAGUUCAAGAUGAGCCAUGAAGGACGACGCUCACCCGUACACGAUUACCACUCAUCCAUGCCGCCACCCUCAUCCUCUUCAUCAUCUUCCGGACGGUCCAAGUCGGAGGAGGAAAUUUUUCGCAACUUUGACCGCGCCUUCGCCUCCCGCUACCUCAAGAUGGUCGUUGCGCAACGACAUCAUCAGCAGGCGGUCGCUAACGGCGAGCUGACGCUUAUGAAACCUCGCAUGCAGGUGUACUCUCCACCGACGGCCAGUCAUGUCACCGCUCUCUUUGAGCUCCCCGGCCUCAAGAACUCCGACAUCAACGUCAAUGUCACUCGCGACGGGAAACUCACGGUAUCAGGAGAACGACGCGCUCCCGAUUACCCGUCCGACGUCCAACGUCGCGGCGAACUAUACCCGGUGCAAGAGUUCAAGUAUGGGCGUUUCGAGCGCAGCAUUAGCAUACCGCCCGGUAUCGAGUCGCGACACAUCACCGCCAGUCUCAAUGAGGGCAUACUCAGUCUCUCAUGGCCGCGCGUAGCCCCGGCAGAGCUGCGUGGUGGGCCAAACUCACCACCUGUCACGUCUGUACAAGCCCUCAUACAUUAG